AUGACUGAGCUGGAGAAAGCUGAAGAGGCUAUUAAAAGCCAUGAAGAUGCAUCAAAAAUUGUUGAACUGAAAAUGAAAAAAUCUCGGUGUAAAGCAAAAUUCACACGAACAAAAAACAAAUUAAUAGAUGAGAUGAAUGAUGAAACACCGGACACAGAUCUAAUGAAAGAAUUAAUAGACAAAUUAGAGACUGCAAUGGAUGGUGCCACGGAGGCAAUAGAAGAAGUAUGUAAUGAAUACAAAUUGCAAGCGAAAACAAAAGAAAUGGUUUCUACUAUGUCGGAAGUUGAAGCUAUUGAAAAAGAGUACGAUAAAGUUAUAAAGGACUAUCAUGCCUUGCAGAAUGCAGGUGAAGACACAGGUGAUAAAAAGCAACUAGAUUUAGACUUAACACGCCAGAUGAAAAGAGUCGCGAUACCAGUAUUUCAUGGAAAUAAGCAAGAUUUUCCGUUUUGGGUUGCAGCGUUCAGUGCUUGCAUUGACAGUACAGAUGCAUCACCGGAAUAUAAAUUUUUACAAAUGCGACAGUACUUGAAAGGAGAAGCCUUGAAAACGGUAGAAGGCUUAGGACAUUCAGAAGUAGCCUAUGAAAAAGCAAAAGAAAGGCUUGAAAGAAAAUAUGGAGGCACAAGGAGAAGAAUCGCGCUAUUUAUGGAGGAAUUAGAAAAUUUCCCACCUAUGAAAGUUGAAAAUGCUAAAGAGAUUGAAAAAUUUGCGGACAUUUUAGACAUUGCCAUAAUAAAUAUGAAAGAAGAAAAUUAUGGAGAUAUAAAUGAUGGAGCACUGUACAUGCGUGUUCAAAAGAAAAUGCCAGAAACUUUGUUAGCGAGAUACCAUAGGUGGAUAGGAAGUUCAGGAAAGAAAGAAUCACUUGAACAGUUAAAGGAUUGGGUGAUUCAAGAAAGUCAGUACCUUACUAUUGCUUCAGAAACAAUUCAUGGACUUAGGUCAGAAAACGAGAGAAAAUACUCACCGAAAUCAAGUGCUAGAACACGAUCGUACUAUGCUAAUCCACAAAUAGAGAAAAAGAAGAAAAUCUGUGGGGUAUGUGACAAUGAACAUGAGACACACCAAUGUGAAAAAUUUAAAGCUAUGGAUGUUCCAAGUCGUUGGGCGAUGGCAAAGGAAAAACACCUAUGUUUUCGAUGUUUACGGAACAAUCAUAGAGGAAAUGAAUGUCGUCUAUACCGAAAAUGUAACAUAGACGGGUGUGUGAAAACACAUGAUAAACUUUUGCACUCCACCAAUGACCAAUCAAAACAGGGCUUUAGUUUGAAUGUAAAUGCACAAGAAUUUACUUCAGGUACAAACACAGAUGAACAAGCAUUUACCAGCAGACAAGCAAAUAGUAAAAUUGCUUUGAGAACAGUUCCAGUAAUUAUAUCAACUGAAAUGCGAACAUUGAAAAUUAAUGCAUUAUUAGAUGAUGGAAGUUCUAAAACUUACAUAAAUGAAGAUGUUGCAUAUGAGUUAGGUUUAGAUGGAGAGUCGGAAACCGUGAAAGUUAAUUUGUUAAAUGGUAGGACAGAGAGUUUUUCGACUAAAACAGUAGCAUUUUGUAUUGAAAGUGAAAAUAGACAGCUAAAAAUGACCAUAGAAGCAAACACUACUAAAAAUGUAACUGGAUCGUUGAAAGCAGUUAACUGGAAUGAACAUUGCGGAAGUUGGGAUCACUUGAAGGGAAUACCAUUUCCAAACAGUAAAGUAGAUUUACUGAUCGGCAUCGAUUAUUCAGAUUUGCACAGGUCAUUGAAUGAAAUUAAGGGAGCGCCAGGAGAACCUAUCGCAAGAUUAACGCCACUAGGCUGGACAUGCGUGGGACCAGUCGUAUCGCAAAGUAUUGAAGAAGAUAAAAAUUUCUUCACAUUUUUCGGUAGCACAUUAGAUGAAACAAUUAAGCAGUUUUGGGAAAUAGAACAUGUAAAAGUGGACAAACCGGAACUGUCACAAGAAGAAAAUGUUGCUCUUGGAAAAGCGAAAGAUACAACAGAGUAUACAGAAAAAAUGUAUGAAAUAGGAAUACCAUGGAAAGAGAAUAAUGUCGAGUUGCCGAACAAUUAUGACAUGGCAUUGACUCGUUUACAGAACACUGAAAGAAGGCUCGAUAAAAACCCAACAGUUAGCAAGGCAUACAGUGAGAUAAUUAAGAGCUAUGGAGAGAAAGGGUACAUUACAAAGAUAACUGAAACUGUGCCUCAAAAUAGCCAGUCAUGGUAUUUACCACAUUUCCCAGUAAUUAGACCUGAAAAGGAAACAACAAAAGUACGUAUCGUGUUUGACGCUUCCGCGAAGUAUCAGAAUGUAUGUCUGAAUGAUGUAGUCUACGCUGGACCAAAACUGCAGACUGAAUUGUUUGAUGUUCUUCUCCGUUUUCGAAAGAAGCCAGUGGCUAUUGUUUGCGAUAUAGCAGAAAUGUAUCUUCGAGUCGGUAUCCUUGAAACUGAUAGACGUUUCCAUCGAUUUCUUUGGAAUUCAAAAUGUGACCCACCAGAACAGUAUGAAUUCAAUCGAUUAGUAUUUGGAGUAAAUGCGUCUCCUUUUUUAGCUCAAUUUGUAGCUCAAGAAAAUGCAAAAGCUUUUAAAGAACAGUUUCCUCGAGCUUCAGAGAGUGUGAUGAAAUCUACAUACAUGGACGAUACAAUGGACUCUGUAGGAAAUGAAAUGAAGCAAUGA